AUGGCUGAGAGAGGCAGAGGCGCAUAUUCUCGAGUCUUCUUCAAGUACCAGGGAAUCGGUGAAACUCGGGUCUUUUUUGAGCGUUUGUGAGUGAGUGAAACUCAAGUAUUCGUCGAGGACCCAUGAGUCAGUGAAACUCUAGUCUUCAUGGAGCACCCACGAGUCAGUGAAACACGAGUGAGUGAAUAGUUUUUUCAGGCAGGAAGGGGAAAGGAGAGUUAUAAGUCAAAAUACAUAAAAAAAAAUAAUUAUGAUGUCAUUAAAAUAAAUUAAUUGUAUUUUUACAAUAUGCCAAGGCCGAAUAAAAACGAGGUGCGAGCCGGAAAUUGCCCCUGGUCCCACACUUCAGACACUCCUGACUUAUGUAGGGAAAUACAAUAAAAAAAAAAUUAACAAAAUACUUCUGAAAUUAAUGUUUUUGGUAUGUCACCUUUCUAACUAUACAUCUUUUAUAAUUCAGAAGUAAUUUUAAUAAAUCUCUCUCUCUAAGAAUGGAAACGUUUAUGUGACUUCAGAGCAGCUUGAACCCGGAAGUUGUAAUUAUUGAACCUGGCCACUAACUUUUCCAAGUGCUGUUGUUCCGGAAAGUGUGAUAUACACUGACUGUACUGUACUGUAUAUUCCUAUUCGACACUUAGCUGCACACAACGAAAUGGCUUUGAGAGUAGCUUUGAGAAAUAAGUCUGCUUUACCAGGUAUGUCGCUUUUAUACUGCUUUAACAUACCAAGAGAACGUUUAAUUUUAAGAGGGAUUUCUUUACGUUCGCCUGGUCUUGACCAUAAAAGUUGGCUCACUAGCAAGCGUUUCUUUCUGCUUCACAGAAUCUGGAGCAAGGGUCAUGGUCUCCUCUCUCAGUUGUCCUCCUGCAGUCAUGGCAGAGUUUGUGCAUCUUCUGUGUUUGUCGCACAGCAGAGGAGCAACUCCACAUCACCCAAAAUGACAGUGGAUUUCGACCAGAGCACAGGCGUGGCCGUGAUGCGUAUGAAGAGUCCGCCAGUCAACAGCCUCAGUUUGGAUUUCCUCACAGAGUUUUGCAUCAGCUUAGAGAAGCUAGAAAUGGACAAGAGCUGCCGCGGCCUCAUCAUCACCUCGACUUUGCCCAAAGUGUUCUCGGCCGGACUGGACAUCAUGGAGCUGUGUGGGACGAGUCCAGAGCGCUGUGGAGAGUUGUGGAAAGCUGUCCAGGAGAUGUGGCUAAAACUUUACAGCUCCAACAUGGUCACGAUAGCUGCAGUCAACGGCUCCAGUCCUGGUGGCGGCUGUCUGAUGGCGCUAUCAUGUGAUUAUAGAAUUAUGGCAGACAACCCACGCUACACCAUCGGCCUUAAUGAGACUUCGCUCGGCAUAGUUGCAGCUUUUUGGUUUAAGGAAACCAUGAGUAAUACAGUGGGCCACCGGACCACUGAGAUGGCUCUGGCUCUGGGGCUGCUCUACAACCCGAAUGAGGCUCUGAAGACAGGAUUAGUGGACCAGAUAGUACCAGAGGAUAAGCUCAUGACCACUGCCGAGCAGGCUAUGGCCAAGUGGUUGGCCAUUCCAGACCACGCCAGACAGAUCACCAAGUCCAUGAUGAGGAAGCAGAUCAUUGACAAGCUCACGGCCAAACGAGAGGCUGACAUCCAAAACUUUGUGGGUUUCAUCACCAAAGACUCCAUCCAGAAGUCGCUCCGUGUGUAUCUUGAGAUGCUCAAAAAGAGGAAGGCUUCGAAGAAGACCGCACCCUAAUUUGUGUUGCUCCAUGGCCAUUUCAUAAUGAUAACUUUUUUUUUUUUUUUUUUAAUAAAAACUCUUGGAUUCUAUCAA